GUGCAUUGGACAUGUCGGCAUUCGGCGACUUUUCAACAUCAGGAGGAGGGACAGCAGGAGCGCAGGCGACUCGUCAGCCGCCCACCACGGUCGUAAGCACCGUUGAAAGCGGUACCCUAGACAUGCUAGCGUUCGGUGGGUUUGGGAGUUUUGGAAGGGUUGACGACGCUACGCCCGUCGCUGCGGCAGCUCCCGCGGUGAAGCCACCUCCGCCGCAGCGGCAGCCGCCGUCGGCUCUGGAGACGGGCACGCUUGACAUGUCUGCGUUUGGCGUUUUCGGAGGCUUCGGCGCUGAGCCUGCGCCCCCACCGCCGCCACCGCCGCUGGCAGCUCAGAUGGUUCGUUCGCAGCAGGGGGCGCUAGAUACGGGCAUGCUGAACAUGUCAGCAUUCGCUGGCUUCGGCGCUGAGCCGCCACCGCCGCCGCGGCCGUCGCCGCCCAAAUCCGCCUUGGAAAGCGGCACCUUGGACUUCUCAGCGUUCAGUGGUUUCGGCGGUUUUGCCGUCGACCCGCCUCCGCCUUCGCCCCCUCUGCAACCGCCGCCUCAGCCGUCGCCAAGCCGACAUGCGUCCGCAUUGGACAGCGGCAUGCUCGACAUGUCGGCGUUCGGAGGUUUCGGAGGCUUUGGCCAGGAGCCGCCGCCGCCACCCCCGCCGCCGCCGCCGCUGCCGCCAGCACCGCCGCCGCCGCCGCCACCUCCCCAACCACGCGCCGCAGACCCACUGCACUCUGGCAUGCUCGACAUGUCUGCUUUUGGAGGGUUUGGAAUCGGCCAAUACUCCCAGCAAGACGAUGGCGACGCGUACGACAAUCGCGCCGCCGCCGCCGCGUCAAGGGCACCUGUGCCUGUGAUCAUCAGCGAAGCAACACCGCCGGCUCCAUCGACGUUGACGUCUGCAGCGGCGGCGGCGCCUCCACCUCUUGACACUGGCAUGCUGGACAUGUCAUCGUUUGGAGGCUUCGAUAUGGGAUGGACGGCGCCUCCUCCGCCACCGCCACCGCCUUUGCCGCCAGCGACAGCUGCAGAAUCACCACCACGUCAGCUGGGCCCGCCGCUGCCCGCCGCCUCUGCCUUUGAACAUCGGCCAUCACUACCGCCGCGCUCUGCCCUGGACUCCUGGACCUCAAGCUCCUCCGGACCUGCGGAUUCCGUACCCGCACCUGCUGCCUCAUCCUCACAGCCAGGCGUGGCAACAACGGCAACACGAAGCGCCGGAGCCAGCGGUAACGUCAACGACCCAUGGGUCACCUUCCCUCGUGUGCCUGAGCCAGCUACCGCCGCCGACCCCGAGCUACCCGAGCUGCUGCUGGCGGCUGACGAGGUUGCAGAGCUGCAUCGCCUGCUCGGACAAGACCCGCCUUCAUCCCAGAAUGACCCAUCACCAAAGCCCGCCUUGACGGCGGUCCUGGAUUCCGCUGCUGCUGCUGCGCCUAGGAAACGGCGAGGCAGCGACGGUGCUGACGACGCGGUCGAGGAUGCUGUGGCGUCGCUGAGGGCGCUGGGUUUAACGCCCGAGGAUGGGUUGGAGCUAUGCCGUCUUGCGGUUGCGUUGAGCCGAAAGACCGUUGAGCAGUUGGGCGGCGGCGGCGUCGUUGGAGGUGGUGGUGCGACGGAUGUAACCGCGGGCCUGGAUUUUGCCGCCAGGGCGUUUCUAGUGCAGGCCCGUCUGGCGGCAGUUGGGGCGCAUGCGGCAGCAGCUGCAGCGGCAGCCACAGGAGGUCAGGACGAUGGUGCCUUUGCGGCGGCGGUUAGCCGGCUGUUCAGGCCUGUCUCCGUGUCUCGCUCCUCUGCCGCCCCUCCCGCUUCCAACCCCGUCUCCUCCGCACCUUCCUCCGCCACGCUUGCCUCCCCGGGCACCAUCGGCGCUCCCUCCGCCUUCUCCGCAACCGCUACCCGUCUGGACCCCGCAGCCAACCCAUCCGAUCCAACGUCAUACUCCUUAGGCAAGCCCACCUCCCGUAAAGGGCUCAGAACCAGCGGUGCCGGUACUCGCGGAUCCCGAGGCGCCAGCGGCGGCACUAGCGGGCCAGCAAGCCGCCGCAGCCGCAGCGUGCGCAGCGUGCUGAGUGUGUUUUCCUUUGCUUCGCUACCGGGUUCAUUGUACGGAGAUGGAUCUGGGAGUACGAAUGUUGCUGGUGACGUGGGUGCCGUACAUCACAACGACGGUGACGGCGGCAGCAGCAGUAGCAGCUGGUGGCGGUUGUGUGGGCUGAUGGAGGGUCUCGACAUGCGCAGUUGCUUGAUGGCGGUUGCAAGCGGCAGUCAGGCGCAGCUGCUAGAGGCGGUGCUGCCGAGUGUCCCAUGGGUCGCUUCGGUGGAUGAGGAAGCCUCCGCGGCGCCGGAUGGGCGACAUGCGGGAGGGAUGAUGGGCUCUGGAGCAGGUUCGGGUUCCAGCUCUGCCGCCGCCUCUCAGCCGCGACCUGCGCUGUCGUGGCCGCUGCUGCGCAAGGUGGGCGCGGGCUUCUGGCUGGCUGACCCACGGGUCGUUCGGGAGCAAGCGGAGGCGCUCGCCAAGGCGCAGUACGCCCGGCGGAAGGAGCCGUACGACUGCGCGCUGCUGUACCUGGCACUGGGGCGGAAGGCGCUGCUGCUGAGCUUGUUCAGGCAGGCCAGCAAUCUCAAGAUUGCGGAGUUCCUGCUCAAGGACUUCAGCCAGCCGGAGCCGCGUCGCUCGGCGGCCAAGAACGCCUUCGCGCUGCUGGGACAACACAGGUACGAGCUAGCAGCGGCCUUCUUCAUCCUUGCAGCUCAGCCGCAAGAGGCGGUGAGCGUGCUGGUCCGGGAGCGACGAGACCCCCAGCUGGCGUUGCUGGUGGCAAGGCUGCUGGAUGCUCCUGCAGCGGGCGGCAACGGCGGCGGCGGCGGCGGCAUCAUGAGCGUCAGCAGUAGUGGCAGCAGCAGCCUUGGUCUUGGAGGGCCGCUGGCGAGACGGCUGAUCGAAAAGGAGCUCCUGCCCCUGGCGCUCGCCUCCCGGGACCCCUGUGCGGUGGCUUGCCUGGACUUGCUGGCCGGGCAACCCCUGCGCGCCGUGAUGCGGCUGCUGUGCUGCGGGGGCGGCGGAGGUGCAGUACCUGGUGCUGGCGGCAGCAGUGGCAGGAGCAGCAAUGACGGCAGCAGCUGCAUGGGCAUGGCCGGCAGCAUGGGUGACGAUGCUGCUGCGGCGGGCGGACUGGAAGGGCCUGGGUUGGCGUUGGACGCUACGGCUCUGGACUACUGCUUGCAGGUCGGCGUGCAACAUCUUUCUGGCAAGCCAGUCCCCCGAUCGGCCUGUCGCUCCCUACGCCGCCUUGCGCUACGCACCAGCCGCGUCCUGGAGCAAGCCGGCCUCGCCUCCGCGGCCCUUGAGGCCCUGCUAGUGGCAGCGGCCUUGGCGCCGCCUGCCGGCCCCCAAGCAGCGACCCGAGCGGGACCGCUGCCACCCGCCAUGGCACGACGCUACAGCCGCUUGCUAGCAGCCUGCCUUAGCUUCAGCCUGGGAGAGGUAGCGAGCCCUACGGAACGCGAACCGCAGCACCAGCAGCCCCAGCAGCAUGACUGCAUGUCGCAAGGAGAAGGAGGUGCUGGUUGGCAGCGGAGGGCGCUCCAGGCACUUGCGGCCUUGGGCCCUAUGUUGAGCCACUCAUCCGUGGAUCAAACUGCCGUACUGCGGUUGCUCGGUCGCCACGUCAACGCCAGCAAACGUGUACGGCAGCAGCCCCUGGUGCCGCCGGAGCUGCUGAUGACACGUCCCCCGCCACCGGCUUCAGCUGCAGCGGCGGCGCACACCUCCCAUCAUCAACAUCAGCAGCAGCAACAACAACAACAACAACAGCAUCCAGGGCAUGCUCAGCAGCUGCCCCGGCAGCAAGGGUCCGCUGGCGGCACUCCUCUUCCCGCUCUGCCUGCUCACCAGCAUCCGCAUGCGUUGUUGCGAGGUACCGGCCCAGGACCUGUGGGCCUACAUGGACCUGACUCCGGGCAGCAACAAGGCCCGACCUACCCUGGCAUGGGGCCAGGCCACCAAUCAGCGUUUGCGGCUGUUGGUUCUGCUGGCGGUACGGCGGAGCAGGGUGCCGCCGCGGCUACAGCAGCACAUUUGGCGCGUCUGCGCGUCAGUCGCAGCAACAGCGGCGGCGGUGCCGGCGGCGGCGGCGCUGGUAGUGGUUAUAGCUCAGGUCGUUUGUCGCCGCAGUCUUCUACAGGCAGCCUUUUCGGGGGUGCUGCAGCUGGGAGUGGAGGAACAGCAGCAGCAGCUGGUGUCCCAGGGGGGCUGGGAGUAAGCCCCGAGGGCUCUGCAUGUAGCACACCCGGCGGACCCAUGGGUCACCAGCAGCACCGCCAAAGCAGCGGCAGCUUCUCAGGUCCUCAAGGCCGCCCGCCGGUGCCGCCACCAGCGUACAUGGCAGCAGGGGCAGGGGGGUAUCCACAUCAGCAGGGACCCAUGGGUCGGCACCAGCCGCCGGCGGCGCCGUCCAGCCCCAAGUCCUCGGCUCAUGGCGGCGAGGGCGCGCGGAGGGGCGAGGGUGUUGCAAGCGGCGGCGGCGGCGGCGGUCCUAGCGGCUGGGGCGCCUUCGAGGCCCCCUGGGACGUUCUUGCUGUGGAGGGCGACCGCUGCCGGGCUGUGGCUGUGCUGCGAGGGCGAGGGAGGGGCGUUGGAGAGGAGGGGCAGCUCCCCUUCGCGGUCGCUACAGCCAAGAGCGGCCUGCUGGGGGGCCUGCUGGGACCUCCCGCCCUGGCGCCGCCGCCCAAGUCCGCUGCGGCCGGGCCGUCGUCGCUCUUCCUGGGCCUCAUGCAGAGCGUGCUUCAUCACGUCCGCUGGACGCCCGACCCAUGGGCCAUGAUGUCGGGCGAUUUUGGUGUGGACAUGGCCGUUGCACCGGGUGGCACGGCAGCAGGCGGUGGCGGCACCGGCGGAGCCGCCUCUGCUGGUGGUGGUGGUGGCGGUGGCGGUGGCGGUCACCGAGGGGGGCACCCGGGCCCGCCAACGCAUGCUGCUAGCAGUGCUGGCGGCGGUGGUAGCGCCGGUGGACCGGGCGUGACGGGUGGCACGUCCACAGUCACGUUGGCUGCUCACCCGGAGACGGACGUGUACCUAUCAGGCAGUAGCAGCCUGCUCGUCUACCAGUGGCGCUUUGGGGAGCCGCACGCGCACACCGCAUACGUCCCCUGCCUGGAACCCUACGCCGGCGGCGGCCCCGGCGCCGCUGCGGCAGCGGCCGCCGCUCGUUCGCGCGCGGCCGCCACUGGCGGCGGCGGCGGUCCGGCUUCCGCCGCCGCCUCCGUCGCCUCCGCACUGGACCUGCAUGCGCCGCAUUGGGGCCACGCGGCGGCUCUGUCGUACAGCACCCCCAGCGGCGGCCGCUUCGCUGGCAUCGGCGAGGGCGGGUUGGUAGCGCUGUGGCGGGCGGAUGCAAUGGGUCCCGGAGGACUGGGAUAUGCCGAUUGGACGCAUCAGUGCGUGAGCCGCCACGGCCGUGCCGUGAGUUUCGUUGGUGACAGCAGCAGCCAAGUGCUGGUGGCGGGGCAGGGCGAGAGGGGCGGGCUGGUGGGCUGGUGGGAUUCCCUGGCGCCCUCCUCGGCAGCUUGCGUGGCGGAGAUUCGCGGACGCAAGGCGCUGCCGACGGCGCUGGCGCUGCUGCGACCGGACGCGGGUGGCGUGCUGGUGUUCGGAGACGAAGCGGGUGACUUGGUGGCUACCGACCUGCGCAUGAUGUCAGCCCGGGAGUACAUUUGGACCAUCCCUCGAGCACACUCCGGCCCCGUCACUGCCAUGGCCCAGUGGGGCCACACCGCAGCUGGCGUCCUGAACCUGCCGCCGGUGCUGCCAGCGGGUGCCGGCACCUCUUCUGCCGCCAGCUCGCAUCCGUACCAACCGCCAGUACCGCACCAACCGCCGGUGCAGCUGCAACAGGCCCGAAUGAGCAACCUGCUGGUGUCGGGUGGAAAGGACGGCAGUUUGGCGCUGGUGGAUAUCAGCUCGGGCAGGGUGGUUGCCUCGUUGGACCGAGCGCACAACUCCACACGCACCGGACUGCCCGGGCUGCUGGCGGCAGCUGCCGCAUCCACCGGCGGGGCCCACAGGGCCGUGGACCGCAGCAUCGUUCGGCGCUCGCGUCCGGCGACCGCUGCGGGUGUGGCGGUGAGCGGGUUGUGCUGCAUGCGUGAUGCGGGUGGUGUGCUGAGCUGCGGGGCGGAUGGAGCUGUGAGGUACCAUCCGUUUGCUCCACAGCUGCUGGACCUGAGGAGAUGAGGAGGAGGUGGAUGCUGCUGCGAGAAGGGGUGUGACGGCUCAAAAGGUACGCUGUGUGUUGUUAGAGAUGCAGGAUAUAGGGCUGUUGUCCUUUGGGUGUACGUUGGCUAGCUGGACAGUUUUCUGUUGGGAGGAUUCUCAGACGUGAUGACCUAGGGUGCAAGUAGGUGUCGCUGUGCGGGUUGUAGUGAUGCGCAUCGUUCGGUCGGCUACCGAUGUGACGGCUACCGUACACUUGGCAAACAUGGAAAAGAUGAGCGAGGAUGAGGGCAAUCCAAAGGCGGAAAAGCGGCUAUCGGCAGGAACAGUAGUAGGCAGCAGCUUUAAGAGCUUCUUGGGUGCUCAGGCCGUUGUUACAAUGCGCAAGCAACGCUGUUCCAUAGCGUCGCGCAUAGGAGGGUAAGGAUGGCAUGCAGGUGCUGUCGUG